AUGGAGUCGUCUUGGUCUUCCUCGGGAGGCAGCCUGGGAUCUACAGACCCACACCUGCAGCGUUUCAUGGAGGUGGAGGUGCAGAAGCAGCGGGUGCAGCUGCUCAUCCACCACAUGACGGAGCUCUGCUGGGAGAAGUGCAUGGACAGGCCUGGGCCCAAGCUGGAUGGCCGGGCCGAGCUCUGCUUAGUGAACUGCGUCGAGCGCUUCAUCGAUACGAGCCAGUUCAUCUUGAAUCGACUGGAGCAGACCCAGAAGGCCAGACCAUUGUUCUCAGAAAGCCUUUCCGACUGA